AUGCGAGCGGUACUGCCUGGGAGACCCCCAGCGAAGCUCCAGUCGUUCAGCACUGCGCUGUGGGAUGGGCUUCGCGUUAUUGCGUACAUCUCCGGCCACGCGCUCGUCAUCCUCGGAGGUCCCCAAACGCUACUUCAAACGAUCUAUGUCGAUGAUACCGAAAAACUCGAGGCUGUAGCUUUUGACGAGGCUUCUGGAAAGAUUGCUGUGUGCGGAGGGCCGGAUAUCUUCGUAUACCAGCCGUAUUGUAUUCAGGGCCAGACGCUAAAGUGGUCCCUUGCUUGUACGUUUCGCGCCAACGAUGACGACGAGUCGAUCUAUACCCUGUCGUGGGGGUCGCCGAACGAGCUGCUAGUUGGUAACUCGCGAAUCGCGCUCUGGAUGCUGAAUGACACCCCCCGCUUGGUGUGGAAACGAAAAUUGGCGAAUCCCGUCAAGUUAGCUCAGUUCUCCCCGGAUGCAGCCUUGGUUGUGACAGUCGGACAGUACGACCGCUUGGUCAAGGUAUGGAGACGACUUGCUUUUGGUGAAGAUGAAGUACGAUUUGAGGUCUCCUAUCUUCCUCAUCCCGAUAUAGUCACUGGGAUACAUUGGCGACUGCCAUACCACCGGGAACAAUCCGUCGACAACGUCCUAUAUACUUUAUGUGCCGACAAUAAGAUCCGGGUGUGGGCUGUGACGGACCACCACGCUCUCUCGCCGUUGCAGUUAUGGGCAGAUAUCGACAUGGAGCUCUCGGUACAGCCCCGGGAUGCCUCCAGUAUGAAUCAAGGACCGCCGAGAAGAUAUGGAUUUUUCUUGGACGGCCGUGACUUUUGCAGUGCGACAGAGCGAGCCGUAGAGCGGAAUACAGGCAAUAAGGAAAACCAUGCCUUGGAGCAUAUCAUUGAAGUAGCCAAGCAGAGUCCGGAAAUUUGUGUUGUCAUUGAUGGCCAGGGGCAUAUGUCUGCCUGGGCAUUGGAAGACGUGGGCUCCAAGGUAAAAACGAAAAUGAGCGUCUUCAAUAUCCUCCAUGUGGAGGGACUGGAAUUUCGAUUCAUGCCUGGGCUAUCGGGCCCAGAGGACUAUGCUCAAAUCCGCGCGUUCCAAAGCAACACGACCGAAGACAAACUCAGUAUUGUUGUGCAUCACUUUGAUGGUCGGAUUGAGUGGUAUGACUCGCAAGUGGAUGUUCUUUUCGAUCCCACUCCUCGCAAGAAUCGGAUCUCCCCGAGAUCGUCUUGGUCUGGGCACACAGCACCGGUCAAAAAGAUUGUUCGAAAUGCUCUCGGUGACACACUCAUUUCACGUACGGAUGAGAAUAAGGCCAUGAUCUGGAGGCAGAAGAGAAGGAAAAGUGGCUCGAUGCUGCUGCAUAAGAGCAUACUUUUGUCCGAUGAGCACAUUCAUCGGACCUGUCUUAUUGAAGACAGUAGCCUCCUCGUCAACCUUCACCAUAAUGGGAUCUCGCUGUGGGAUUUCAACACUUAUCACGCCAAGAGGAUCGCACAUUUGCCGUUCACUUUAUCUAGCAAACCCCUAUGUGUGCUUCCACUUCCCACCCCGGAAACACGUUCAAGGGUGGCCUAUGUGGCAACCAUUGGAGCUGAUAUGACUGGUAUUGCCUGGGAAAUCGAAUGGAGUACGUCUCAAGACUGUCAGCUGCGGAAAUUCUGCACGUUUGAGAUGGGCCUGAAGGAAGACCUGGCCUACAUCCUCCCUGUGGAUCCCGCAGGACCGAAAGCCAAACAUUCCGGAUUCUUCGACACGUUUUCCCCCGACAUUGCCCUUUCCUACACCCACAGUGGAGUUGUGCGAACCUGGACGGCAAAAGUCGACCAAAUCAACGCCAAGGUCGAAUGGCUGCUUAAGUCAACAGUCGAUACGGGAAUUUCGAGCCCAUCGCUGGCGAGUGGCAGUACCAUUCGCAAGGCAGCGUUAGUAGAUGAGGAUCGAACCCACUUGACGAUCUGGGACACCAACAAUGCCCAACUGGAAUUUGAAGAGCAUUUUGCCCAGCAUGAUAUCAUUCGAGACCUCGACUGGACUUCGACUCCCGACAUGCAGUCCAUUCUGGCCGUUGGGUUUCCCCACAAAGUUGUUCUUCUAUCUCAGCUUCGCUAUGAUUACUUGGACGCUCAGCCCUCCUGGACUCAGAUCCGAGAGAUUUGGAUCCAAGAUCUCACCCCACAUCCUAUUGGCGACUCGUGCUGGCUCACAAAUGGUCACCUGGUUAUUGGUGCAGGCAACCAAUUGUUUGUCUACGACAAGGAAAUUGAUAUUGGUGACCGCCUCGUCUCUAGACUUCGUAUCCCAUCUCGGGGGCUAUCGUCGGUAGAUCUUUUCAACGUUGUCAGUCGCCUGAAUGGUCCAUUGCCAGUCUUCCAUCCGCAGUUCCUCGCACAGUGCAUCCUUUCCGGAAAGACCAGCUUAGUGCAUUCUAUAUUGAUCAACCUGCACAAGAAGCUGAAAUUCUAUACGGAAGGUGAUGAUCUGGACGGAUUCUUGGAGAUACCGCUCCAAGACUUCUACGAAGAAAGUGACGUCGCCCAGCAAGCGGCUUCUAAGGAGAUGCGCUCUUCCUAUACAGAUGUGACCGUUCAAGAGGAGGAAUCAUCUGUUAUCGAUGAGAACACUGCAGCGGUUCUCAAUGAGAAUCUGGCGCGGAUUGCCCUACCUCAAAUCACCAGUCAUGAACAGUUCCGCCUCGUUGAUACUAUCGAAUGCGCCGCGACAGUAGAAAAGCACCGACGGUCAAUGGAUGAUAAUGCCGCGCGGUAUCUCCUUUUCUUCCGACAGCAUAUGCUGAGGAGGAGUCAAGGUGUCGCGAACAAAGACACCGUUUCAUGGAGAGAAAUUGUCUGGGCUUUCCACAGCGGUAGCCAGGACAUAUUGACCGACCUUGUCUCUCGUCAGUUCAAUGGCAAAUUGACCUGGAAAUCUGCCCGGGAGAGUGGAAUGUUCAUGUGGCUAUCGGAUUUAACAGCCCUGAAAGCACAACUGGAAGUCGUUGCUCGGAAUGAGUAUGGAAAGACCGAGGAAAGAAACCCGAUUGAUUGCACUAUUUACUACCUUGCCCUUGGAAAGAAAAACAUUCUUCAAGGUCUAUGGCGAAUCGCUCACUGGCAUCGCGAACAAGCCGUUACGCAACGUCUACUUGCAAAUAACUUCAGUGAAGCAAGAUGGAAGACGUCGGCCCUCAAGAACGCCUACGCUCUGCUUGGAAAGCGGCGAUUCGAAUAUGCCGCUUCAUUCUUUUUGCUUGCGGAUCACCUUCGUGAUGCCACAAAUGUGAUCUCCAACCAGAUAGGAGAUCUCCAGCUUGCGAUUGCGGUUGCACGAGCCUACGAGGGAGACAAUGGCCCUGUACUACGCGAAAUUUUGGAAGAAAGGGUUCUUCCUGAAGCAGCCUCAGAAGGCAAUCGAUGGAUGGCUUCUUGGGCUUUCUGGAUGCUGGGACGACGGGAUAUGGCUGUGCGGUCCCUUAUUUCACCGAUCGAAACACUACUAUCACCAACGCCCGCCUCUCCAGGAAGCCCCGGGCGAGUCACACUUCAGGCCAAGUCGUAUCUCUCCAACGACCCCGCCCUGGUCGUCCUUUACCAACAACUACGUGAGAAAACUCUUCAAACUCUCAAAGGAGCCUCACAAGUCCGCCCACGAGAAGAAUGGGAAUUCCUUCUUCGCAACGCCCGCCUCUACGACCGAAUGGGUUGCGAUCUCCUCGCUUUGGAUCUAGUACGACGCUGGGAAUUCCUCGGCGCGCCUCCUGCACCUAGAAAAUUACAGACACAGCCUGCCCUCGACUUCCACGACGGCAGUGUUGACUAUCGAAAACUACUUCGCCGGCGAAGUAGUCUCGUUGUCGCUGAUCUACCGGUCCGUCUCGCAGAGGCAAAGGCCUCAAUUGAUGCCAAAGAUACUUCUGCUGUGGAGGAUGGCGACAAACAGCCGAAGCCGAAACCGCCUCCGACAAUGUUCCACGAACCUGAUGCCAAUUCGUUGUUGGAUAGCUUUGGUUUCUAA